AGCGCAGCUUCAGUUCCUAAAGCUUCUCGUUGCGUUCAGUGAAACACCAGGAAUUGCGUUUCGGAGUUUCUAGCGCAAGCAGCCAUGGCUACCACCAACGCCGCCGCAGCCCCGCCGCGCACGCUCUCCCAGAAGGAAGCCGACAUCCAGAUGAUGUUGGCCGCCGACGUCCACCUCGGCACCAAAAACUGCGAUUUUCAGAUGGAGCGUUACAUCUUCAAGCGCCGCAAUGACGGGAUUUACAUCAUUAACCUUGGUAAGACAUGGGAGAAGCUUCAUCUUGCUGCUAGGGUUAUUGUUGCAAUUGAGAAUCCUCAGGAUAUCAUUGUUCAAUCCGCGAGGCCUUAUGGUCAGAGAGCGAUUCUGAAGUUUGCUCAGUACACUGGUGCUCAUGCUAUUGCUGGAAGGCACACUCCCGGUACCUUCACCAAUCAGCUUCAAACUUCCUUCAGUGAGCCUCGCCUUUUGAUUCUCACCGAUCCAAGAACUGAUCACCAGCCUAUUAAGGAAGCUGCUCUUGGGAAUAUCCCCACCAUUGCUUUCUGUGACACUGAUUCACCUAUGAGGUAUGUUGACAUUGGAAUUCCUGCCAACAACAAGGGAAAGCACAGCAUUGGUUGUCUCUUUUGGCUUCUUGCAAGGAUGGUGUUGCAGAUGCGUGGUACCAUUCGCCCUGGUCUCAAAUGGGAUGUCAUGGUGGACUUGUUCUUCUAUAGAGAACCAGAGGAGGCGAAGCAACAAGAGGAGGAGGAAGCUGCAGCAGGUGAUUAUGCCAUCACAGACUUCAAUGCUGGUGCUAUUGCUGCUGAUGGGCAAUGGCCUGGUGCAAUUGAUCAAACAUGGACUGAUGCAGUUCCAGCGCCUAUUCCAGCUGCACCUGGUGUCAGCUGGGGGGCACCUGCAGAAGCUCCAGCAGCAGCAGCAGCAGCAGCAGCAGGAGAUUGGGGUGAAGCUGUCCCACCACCACAAAUCCCGCCUACCGGAAUUGAAUCUGUUCAACCAACUGGCUGGGAUUAAGCUUAUUGUUUUUGGUUUCUAUGAUUUUGUCCCGCAAUUUAGUUUACGUUUAUCUUUGUUCGGAGUAAAAUAUGGAUCAGUUUUUUUUAGCAAAGGAACUUGUUUUAUUUUUUAUUUUGGUAUGAGUGGCAGAAAUAUUAUUAACAUGGUAUAUUGGGCAAGAUUUUAUUGUUUUUCUCUAUGCAGUCAUGAUUAAUGAAUGUUUGGUAAUGAUA